AUGCUCCUCUCUCUGAGCCCACUGCUCCUCACGCUCCUGAGUGCUGCAGGUGAUGAUGACUUCCUGUUGCUGCCAGGCGCGUUCCCCUCUGACCCCCUCGAGCCCCUCCCCCGUUUUCUGCAGGAACCAGAGGAUGCUUACAUCAUCAAAAACCAGGCGGUCAGUCUGAGCUGUAGAGCCACACCAGCCAAUCAGAUUUACUUCAGGUGUAAUGGAGAGUGGGUCCACCAGAGGGAGCACAGCACGCAGGCGAGAGUGGAACACAGCUCAGGUCUGAUGGUGAAGGAGGUGCGUAUAGAGGUCUACAGACAGCAGGUGGAGGAGGUGUUCAGGUUGGAGGAGUUCUGGUGUCAGUGUGUGGCCUGGAGCUCCUCUGGAACCACAAAGAGCCGCAAAGCUCACGUCCACAUCGCCUAUUUGAAGAAGGUAUUUAAGGUGGAGCCGCUAGGGCAGAACGUAGCUCUGAAUCAGGAAGUGCUGCUGCAGUGUCGCCCACCUGAGGGGAUCCCACCUGCUCAGGUGGAGUGGUUGAAGAAUCAGGACGUUAUUGAUCCAGCAGCUGAUCGCAAUUUCUACAUCACUACUGAUCACAACCUGAUCAUCAAACAGGUCAGACUGUCUGACACGGCUAACUACACCUGCAUCGCUUACAACAUUGUCGCUAGGAGAUGCAGCGCCAUGGCAACCAUUACGGUCUAUGUGAACGGUGGCUGGUCCAGGUGGACAGAGUGGUCAGUGUGUAGUGGUGUUUGUGGGUGGGGCUUUCAGAGACGGACACGCAGCUGCACCAAUCCGGCUCCUCUCAAUAAUGGCUCACUCUGUAAUGGAUUCCCAGUACAGAAACUCUCCUGCACUAUCCACUGCCCAGCUCCAGGGCUGGAUGGUGUGUUGGUGUGUGUGGGUGUUCUACUGACUGUGAUGUUCCUGCUGGUUCCUCUGGCCAUGCUGCUCUACUGCAGAUAUCACAACCUCUUCAGCUCCAACAUCAUCAACUCCUCCAGCAUCACUGGGGGCUUCCAGCCCAUCCACAUCAAACCUUUACAAACAGAAGAGUCCUAUAGUCCUGAUCCUGGACAUGUGGGAGGUGCAGCACUGACUCAACCAGCUCGACACUGGAGGAUCUGGUUUGUCACACCACCUUUGACUGCCAGGGCACAGCGACCUACACGUGUGUAUCACUGA